GGGCGGGGCGUGAAAUGACGUCCAUUAAUACAGCAAAGUACUCCGCUGCUGAAGGACAAUAUUUGCUACAAGCAGGUCGCACUUAGACUUAUUUAACUCGAAUAUAACCAAGUAAUUGAACGACAUUUUCCACCGGAGGACCACAACUCGACGAGUUAGCGCGAACUGCUGAGCCUCUACUUGGGUCUGUUUUAAUGCCAUGGAGUUUCCAGAUCUGGGAGAACACUGCUCCGAGAAGACCUGCAAGCGUUUAGACUUCCUUCCCAUGAAAUGUGAUGCCUGUGAGGAGAUAUUCUGCAAGGACCACAUCACCUACGAGCACCACAAAUGCACCUCGUCCUACAAAAAGGAUGUACAAGUUCCAGUAUGUCCUCUGUGCAACACCCCGAUUCCCACCAAGAGAGGAGAGAUGCCCGAUAUCAAAGUCGGGGAACACAUCGAUCGGGAUUGCAAAUCGGACCCUGCACAAAGAAAAAGAAAGAUUUUCACCAACAGGUGUUCCAAAGGCGGCUGCAAGCAGAAGGAAAUGAUGAGAGUUACGUGUGACCAAUGUCAUUUAAACUACUGUCUUAAGCACAGACACCCUCUUGACCAUGAUUGUAAGACUGAUGGCAAACCUCUGUCCCAGUCCGGACACGCUGCUUUAAUGAGGGCCCAGUGUUCUUCCUCCGUCUCUUCGGGAGCUUCAAGAUCAGUUUCUAAUGGAAUCGGUUCCAGUAGCAGAGGCCACAAUAGCAACAGCACCAGCCGAGCCAUCCCCACUUCAGUAUCGGCACAGAACGUGGUGCAGCCGCAGGCCUCGUUUCAGGCGGGGAUGACGGAGGAGCAGGCCUUACAAAGAGCUGUAGAGAUGUCCCUGGCAGAGUCCAGACAAGCCACUCCGCCAGCCCUCAGCCCGCAGGAGCAGGAGGACCUGGCCUUGGCUCAGGCCCUGGCCGCCAGUGAAGAAGAAUACCGACGCCAGCAGCAGAGACAACAGGUACCACCCGGAACGCUUUAGCAUGCUAGCAUAGCAGAGAGUCAAAACCGUCCAACUGCAGCCUUUCUUAAUCUUGGACCGCUGCAUUUUAACUUCAAACUGUGCUAAUGCUACACUGCAAACCUCACCAAUGGGAUUAUCAACAUCCAGCGAUUGUUUUUCCAAACAAAAAGAAGAAACCAUCACAAGCUGCUCACUUGUCGCCUUCUGUACACUACAAACCAAGCACACCGUCACCCAGGUUGUCAUUUCUACCAAUCAUUUGCUCUGUAUAUAUUUUAUAUGCUAAUUUUGCCACCUAUGAAGAAUGAAUGAAUUAUUUCAGACCUGCAA